GGCUUCAUCUCAGUUUGUCUCUCCAUCUCCUCCAGAUUCAUCUUUAUCGAUUUUUCUCUUCUCAAUCAUUCAUCACGUUUCCAUCCUUGGACUUCUCUCUGUUUACCCUCACUCUUCAAUUCAAUCCUUUUUUCACUGUUUUUCCCUGAAGAUGAUUCUUUCACUUCGUGCUUUAUUGGAAGAUUUACAAUGACAAAACCGUUUCCUACCUCAAAAAUUACGUUUCAAUGCAGUCUUCAAAAGAUUUCAAUCCUUCCUUUGGAUAUUCAACAUCAGUUGACGGUAAUCCUCAAGUGGAAGCUCAAUCACCUCACCUACGAUCAUGUCUACAAGAAUGCUCUGAGCCUGUAACUGCAAAAGUCAUCGGACAAAUCCCAUCUUGGGUCAAAGGCUAUUUGCUACGGAAUGGCCCAGGACUCCGUAAAGUUGGUCUUGAUGAAUAUUGUCAUUUAUUCGAUGGUCUUGCUCUUAUCCACCAAUUCACCAUCGACAAUGGUUCCGUUACUUAUCGAAAUAGAUUUUUACGCUCUCAGGCUUACAAAAGAAACAUGAAAGCGAAUCGAAUUGUUGUCUCUGACUUUGGGACCCGUGCUUAUCCUGAUCCAUGUAAAAGUCUACUUGGAAGGUACAUGAGUUACUUUUCAUUCAAACAGUUUACUGACAAUGAUUCCGUCAGCAUCUAUCCAGUUGGUGAUGAAUUAUACGCUUCAACUGAAUCAACUUUUCUCCACAAAAUCGAUCCCGAAACAAUUGAUACCUUAGGAAGCACUGACUUAGCUCAAUAUGUUGCCGUCAACACUCAAACGGCUCAUCCACACAUUGAACCCAAUGGUGUGGUUUACAAUUUGGGAAGCAAUUUCUGUGGCAUUGGCAGUUACAAUGUAAUCAAAGUGGAUCCAAAUGAAUCGAAAGGCUUUAAAUCAGCUUCACUUUUAACCAGCAUUCCAGUUCGUAAUAAAAUGUAUCCAUCAUAUUAUCACAGCUUUCUGGUUACAGAGGAUUUUAUCGUCUUUAUUGAGCAGCCUUUGGUCACAUCGAUUCCGUCCAUACUUUUGAACCAUUUCAUUGGCGGUGCUUAUAGCAAAUCCUUGAAAUGGCGACCGGAAUUCAAAACUCGUUUCAAUGUGAUCGAUAAAUCAAACGGAGAAGUGAUCGCGAGUAAUUAUGUCAGUGAACCAUUUGCGUUCUUCCAUACAAUUAAUGCUUACCAAGAGGAUGGUCACGUCAUUUGUGAUAUUUGCUGUUAUGAAGAUGGAUCAAUAGUUAAUGCGCUAUUUACCGAUAAGUUGGCUCAAAUUAGUGAUCAAAGCGAUGAAAAUAAAGCUGAAUCUGUUAAGGAUUUUCAAUCGCUCAGAUCUCAAGCUCGACGUUAUGUUUUACCAUUAAAUGUUGAUUCAUCUGAUGAGUCUUCUGUAAAUCUGGUGACUCUGAAAGGUUCGUCAGCAAAAGCUGUACGCAAUGGCGAUGAGAUUGAGGUAAUUCACGAAUCUUUGACUACAACUGGUUCGAAUAUGGCUGAAAUGCCUCAGAUCAAUUAUCGACAUUACAAUGGUAAAAAGUAUCAAUAUUUUUACUCAAUUACAAGGAACGAAGAUUAUCUUGCUCAAUUGUUGAAAUGCGAUGUAAUUACGAAAGAAACAGUCCUUUGGUCCGAUCAAGGAUGUGCACCUUCUGAACCAGUUUUUAUCCCAAGACCAGGAGCAGUCGAUGAAGACGAUGGCGUAGUUUUAUCUGCCGUUUUGUACGAGAAGAUUGAAAAUGAAGGAUUCCUUCUGGUUCUGGAUGGCAAAUCCUUCAAGGAAAUGGCGAGAGCUCAUUUCAAAACUCCAUCAGCAAUUACCAGUGACUUUCAUGGUUUAUUUUGUCCAGUUGAGUCUCCAGAAAAGCUCAUCAAAUAGUGACUGACAAUAACGAAGGCAAUGUUUUCAGUUUCAGUUUCGCUGUCUUACGUUCAGUCCAUUGAAAGAGUUUAAUCUUUAAGUAUUUAUGUAUUUGGAAAUGAAAUAUUUUUUCAAUAAGAAAGCUAAAUAAAUUAUUGGAAAACAAACUCACUAUUUCAAUUUGAGU